UUGUACCUGAGGCCUUCAAUUUUCGAGACCAAGCUCGUUUACCACUCAGCUAUCUCAGUCUUAGUUCAAUGACCCAUAGCUGCACAGUGCUGAAAAGUGCCUAAAUCCAACGAGACAGUUAGUUGUUCAGCACUCUUUCGCUCUAACUCAUGUUAGUCCGUUAGAAAAAGAUCCAAUAACUGAAAUUAAAUUAAUCUCAAUCUCCAAAGAUCCGAUAAUCGAUGUAUUACUGUCAUUAUUACGUAAUAUGUGUGAUAUUGUUAUAUCAGUUGUGAUUUAUAUUAUCAAAAUAUUGAAGUUUAACUAUUCUUUUCUGCUUCUCUAUUUUAAUGCAGAUCACGUAGAAAACUGAACAUCAAUGGGAUCAGUAGAGAGAGAGAGAGAGAAAGGAUACAGAACAACUAUUUCGUCCUCGUUUGAGACUCUUCAACACUGCAUACUCAGAAAGCUAGAAAAGGGUGAAAAUAAACCGCAACAACAACAAAAAAAUCAAAUUACAAGGGCUGAAAUCCAACGAUUCAUGAAUUCUGGAUGUAAAGUGACUACACCAGCGCUAAUGUCAUCGAUUAGUAUGCGUUCUGACAUCUACCUUCGUGGAAUUCACCGUUUAGGUCCUUUAAACUAUUUACAAAACUCUAGAAAAUAUAAAGUUAUGCUAGUGUUAUGUUGAUU